AUGGAUCUUAAGCGAGUUUGUGACUUACCUCCAGCGUACUAUCCUAACGAAUUUGUAUGUGUCUUGGCUUUACGUGCACAAAGGUUCCACAAAGGUUCGACUUGCAUCCUAUAUGUUACUGACUUUACCGAAAACAAAAUUUUAUCAAAUGCUCGAUUUGCAGUUGAAUACGGAUUUGGCAAGUUCUACGUACCCAAGGGUUUCGUUAUGCGAUUAGUGAUAUUCCCUGAUAAAUUAGCAAUACUAGAAUCAAAGUACAAAGAAGUAUAUGGUCAGGAGUUGGGGCUACUAUCUUUCCUAUACUCAAAUGAUAAUGAUCUCCGCGAAAUUUCCUUGCUUGACAAAUUGCUUGUCUUCACGACAGAGGUAUGUUUUGUACAAAAGGGUGGAAAUUUAGAGUGGAAAUCAUAUCAACAUAAACCUGUAAAUAAGGAUGAUGAGAGAAAGGAAGUGAUUGAUUUGUUGUACAACAUGACAUACAAGGUACCACUGAAUGUUUUUCUUGAAAAUAUGCCAGUUGCUAAGGAAAUAAUCCCUUCUUUGCUAUUGAAGACUAUUUUACAUGAGAUUAAUUUUUCCCAGGAAACUGAAAAGCUAUUGGAUGUUCCUGAUUUCUACCAAUCCACACAACUACAACAACCAGAGAAUGAAAUUGGAUCUAUGGAGUUUGAUGAAGGACAAUCUAACUACCAAAGGUUUACUACAAUUGUAGAAACGCAGAGACAACAUCAAUGUCAUGAAAAUACCAUUUCCAUACAUGAUGAGGAAGAUUCCUACUCUGAUUUAUUUGCAAAUAGGGAAAAUGAUGAUGAUGAUGAUGAUGAUGUCGGUUCAUUAUCUCCAAGAAUUAUGUCUACCCUGGAGCGAAAUUCACGCCAGCCCGUCUUUCAAAUAUAUCAACUACUUCUGUUGGAUAAUAAAAUUGACAAUCAGAUCUACAUAGUUAACGCUAAGGUUAUCGAUACGUCUCCUUCUAAUUGGUCCUUAUUAUGCGGCAAAAAAUAUACAGGAAAGAACGGCAAACCCAAAGUUCUGGAUUUGGUCCCACUUGACUUAGAAUUGACCUUAGUGGAUGCAGCUCUGAAUGACAAAGUGAUAACCCGUGCAAACUCAUUAACUGUUUAUUUAACAGGCAGGUCGGUAAUGGAAUUAUUAGGAGUACACGCAAAAGAAGAAAUGCAAAUAGAUGCCACCUCGUUGCAUAAAAAGUUUAUAAAAUGUACUUCAAAAGCUCAUAUGUUAGAGCUUUGUAAGCAAAACAUGAAGAUUCUGGAAGGAGAAAUGAGCAUAGUCAUUUGGACAAUUCUUAAUCCAGGUGUUUUCGGUUUGUAA